GCGACACAGUUGUCAGAUGUCAAGUAGGUGCUGGUGAGGUAAUGCUGGAGACACCGUUUCUUGGGUGAGGGUAUUAACGUAAAUUACAAUGGAUUCAACAGAUUUUCAAUUUAACUAUGAUUCAACUUUGGAUUAUGAUAAUUACAUAGAUUAUAACUCCAGUAAUAUAACUUACGAUGGAGUUACUUCCCACACGACAGUCCACACCAAAUGUUUCACUCAAGUUCUUUGCCUGGUGUUGCUGGUGAUCAAUGUGAUCAUCUGUUUGCUGGGCCUUGGAGGAAAUGCGGUGGUUAUCUGGAUUGCAGGGUUUGGCAUGAAGAAGUCAGUCAAUACUACCUGGUACUUGAGCCUGGCUCUAUCUGACUUUAUAUUCUGUGCCUGUUUGCCUUUUAACAUUGCCUACAGCGUCACCGCGGACUGGAUCUUUGGCCUCUUCAUGUGCAAGUUCACGUCCUUUGUCAUGUUCCUCAACAUGUUCAGCAGCAUCUUCCUCCUCGUCAUCAUCAGCAUGGAUCGCUGCAUCGCUGUCAUGUUUCCUGUUUGGGCACAGAAUCAUCGCACUAUCGGAAAAGCCUCUGUGUUAAUUGUGCUCGCAUGGAUCAUCUCUGCAGCUUUAAGUAUCCCAUCUAUUGUAUUCCGUGAUGUCCAGAAUCACCUAGGCACAAACCGAUGCAUGAACAACUACACGUCCAGCCAGUAUAGCCACAAAAUCAUUGCAACAAGUCGCUUUGUUUUUGGAUUUGUGAUGCCUUUUAUCCUCAUUAUCUUUUGUUAUUCUGUCAUCAUCCUCAGACUGAGAGCCACCCAGAUGGCAAAGUCCAACAAACCGUUUAAGAUUAUGACGGCUCUCAUUCUUACCUUCUUCCUGUGCUGGCUGCCGUACCACACAUUUGUGCUAAUCGAACAAAACGAAACCUUCAACACUGAGGUCAUUGCUCUCGGACUGACCAUUGGCACCACUGUUGCUGCCGCUAACAGCUUCCUAAACCCUGUUUUGUACGUCUUCAUGGGCAAUGACUUCAGGAAGAAGUUCAGGAGCUCCAUCUUAUCAAAGAUCGAGAAUGCAAUUGGAGAAGAUGGCCGAACGAUCAGUCGCUACCUGUCUCGCUCUAGCUCAAUGGAUGCCAGGGCAUCUACUCAUAUCUAAAGAAUAAACUAGAAGUACGUUA